AUGGUGGAAAAGGCCCAGGACAUUCGUCACAUUGAUGACACCAGUACUGGCAGCCCUCAUGUUUGGAAGGAGGGAAAAUGGGGGAAGGAGCAACUGUCUGUAACUGCUCAGGAUAUGGCAGUCGAAGAAAAGGAAAUGUCUAUCUGGAAGGCUAUCACCUCGAAUAAAAAAGCGAUACUAUGGAGCCUCGCGGUGUCAACGUGCGUGAUCAUGGAAGGAUAUGACACAAACCUACUAGGAAACUUCUAUGCAUACCCAUCCUUUCAACGAAAAUACGGCGAGUUUGUUGGUAUAUCGAGACAGGUCCCAACGGGUUUCUCUCUGACUGCUGCUUGGAUGACUGGUCUGGGACAAGCAGCCGGGCAAUUCAUUUCUGCAGGCGUCCUCAGAGGUCUCGUACACCGUCAAGAUCAAUGGGGCUACAGGAUCCCUUUUGCUCUUCAAUGGCUGUGGCCUGUAUUCCUUAUCCCACUACUCUAUUUUGUGCCAGAAUCACCUUAUCACCUGGUUCGCUGCGGUCAGCUUGAGGAGGCCGAGAGGUCUAUUCGUAGAUUGCGAAAUCCAAGGUCUGGGAUCGAUCCGAAGAAGGUGUUAGCACAGAUCGUCUAUACAAACAAUCUGGAGGAGCAACUCAGCGUCGGUACCACAUACCGUGAUUGCUUCAAGAGGUUUGAGAGACGCCGAACAGAGAUUGCAUGCGUAGUGUUUGGUGGUCAACUCGUCUGUGGACUUUGCUUUGCUUAUGCUAGCACCUACUUCUUCCAACAAGUCGGUUUGGAUGCAGAUGCAACCUACUCCAUGGGACUUGGCGGUAAUGCACUUGCACUAUUCGCCUGCUUUUCUGCUGAAAAACCGCCAGAUACUUCGGACGCCGCACUGUCUACGUUUGGGGAAUGGCUGCGAUGGCAACAGAACUGUGCAUCAUUGGGAUUCUUAAUCCUUGGACACAUCGACCCUCCGUUGCCUGGGCUCAAGCUAUUCUCACGCUCGUCUGGACGAUGGGCACUCCCUGCGGAGAUUGGUUCGACCCGAUUGAGGCAAAAAACAGUCUGCCUCGCCCGCAACACCUCCAACGUACUCGGUGUAAUUGGCGGGACGCUCGAGAACUAUUUCAUGAAUCCCAACGCCUGGAAUCUCCAGGGAUAUACCGGCUUCGUCUGGGGCGGAUGCGCCUGGAUUAUCUUCAUAUGGGCCUAUUUUCGACUUCCAGAGACUAAGGGACGGACUUUUCACGAGCUGGACAUUCUCUUCGCGAAGGAAGUGCCCGCCAGAAAAUUUGCGACAACCAAUAUCGACGAGUUCGACGAGGAGGAUCACAACCAAUUGGCUGCGAAGUAUAAUGCUGAAGGGCAUGGUUCUCGACGCCCGUCUGUGGUCGCAUCGGCUGUGAAUGCACUUGACUCGCGUGCCCACGCAGAAUACAAAAACUGA